ACACUACACAAAAUGAUGAGAAAUUACAUUUUGAAAUGUGUGUAUGCAUUAGUGCUACUUAUGUUAUAUGAUGCAGGAUCAAUCCAUGGAGAAGUGAAAUGCAUUGAGAAAGAGAGGCAAGCACUCCUCAGCUUCAAAGAAGGCAUAAAUGAUCCUUGGGACGUGCUGUCAACAUGGAGGGACGAUGAUUGUUGCAAAUGGCAGGGAAUUGUAUGCAGCAAUCAAACAGGUCAUGUACUCCACCUUCAUCUCCAUGGAUGGGGUUCUCAUUAUUUGAUUGGUCAAGCGAAUAUUUCCAUGUUGAUUGACUUGAAAAAUCUUGAAUAUUUAGAUCUCAGUUACAAUGAUUUUUUUGACAGUCAUAUCUCAAAACACAUUGGCUUGUUCACCAAGUUAAGAUAUAUAAACCUGUCAUAUUGUGGUUUUUUUGGUAAUAUUCCUUAUCAGAUAGGGAAUUUAUCACAACUGCAGUACCUUGAUAUCAAUCAUAAUUAUCUUGAUGGAGCAAUUCCAUAUCAACUCAAACACUUGGGACAGCUACAAUAUCUUGGUCUUCGAGGUUAUGCUGAAUUUUCAGGGACAAUCCCAUUUCAGAGUGGUGAUCUUCCAUUGCUGCACACUCUCAAGCUUGGUGGUGACUUUGUUCUCAAAACUAAAGAUGCAGAGUGGAUGUCUAAUCUCUCAUUUUUAAAGAAUCUUGACUUUGCUUCAUUGAGUAUUGGCAACUCUUAUCAAUGGCUUCAAAUGAUUCGUAAGCAUAUUCUGAAGUUAACAGAAUUGAGGCUAUCAAAUUGCAAUCUUUCUGAUAAUGAUGUUGAGUUUUUGGUUGAUAUUCAUUCCAAUUAUUCUUUCAUUCCUUCCCUUACCAUCCUUGAUUUCUCUUAUAAUAUGUUAACAUCAUCCACAUUUCAAUUGUUGUCCAACUUCGGCUCUAAUCUUCGGGAGCUAUAUCUUUCACAUAAUAGUAUUGAUUUGUCACAUCUUCAUUACACAAACUUUCCUUCUCUUGCAAGCCUUGACCUUUCUUACAAUAAUCUCAGUUCAUCAGUGUUUCAAGGCAAUUUCAACUUUGGCUCCAACCUUCAAGAGCUAGAUUUGUCAAAUUGCAAUCUUAUGGAUACAAGUUUUCUCAUGUCAUCUACUUCCAUUAUGAAUUCUUCAUAUUCUCUUGUUGUCCUUCAUCUCUCCUCUAACCUGUUGAAAUCUUCAAAUAUAUUCCACUGGAUUUUCAACUUCACAGCCAGUCUUCACACCCUUGAUCUUAGUGGCAACUUGUUAGAAGGUCCUAUUCCAAACAGUUUAGACAAAGCAAUGAACUGUGUUGAAUAUCUUGAUCUCUCUAAUAACAAGCUGCAAGGAGAAAUUCCACAUUUCUUCGGAAAUAUUUGUACCUUGCAAACACUAAACUUACACAUGUUUCAUGAGCUAUACUUGUCUUACAAUCAAAUCACUGGUGUGAUACCUAAAAGCAUCAUAUUGUUAUCUGAGUUGGAGUCUCUGACCCUACAGAAUAAUUCUUUGCAGGGUGAAAUCACUGAAUCACAUCUCACAGCCCUUUCAAAAUUAAAAUACUUGCACUUGUCUCAAAACUCAUUAUCUCUAAAGUUUGUCCCAGGUUGGAAUCCUCCUUUUCAGUUAAUAGAUUUGAGACUAGCAUCUUGCAGGUUGGGUCCUAGCUUUCCAAGUUGGCUAUACGCUCAAAAUAAUUUAUAUUCUCUGGAUAUUUCAGAUGCUGGGAUUAAUGGUUCUGUACCCGAGUGGUUUUGGUAUAAGUUGCAAGUUGUUGGAUAUUCUUUGAAUAUGUCUCACAAUAAUUUUGUAGGUGCUAUUCCAAGUUUACCGCUAAGGUUUCCACUCACCGCAGCAUGUAUAGAUUUGAGUUCAAAUAAAUUCGAGGGUGCGAUUCCACCUUUCUUGCUGCAUUCUUCAUCAUUGAUUCUCUCUAAAAACAAAUUUUCAGAUAUAUCAUCAAUGUUGUAUGAAAGCAACACUGGCAGGAACUUGGGAACUCUAGUUUUAGCAAACAAUCAAUUGAAAGGUUUGUUGCCUGACUGUUGGGAUUCUAUAAGCUCAUUAUUGUUUCUUGAUCUAAGUAAUAAUAAUCUGAUAGGAAAGAUUCCACCAUCUAUAGGCUCCCUUGUCAAAUUGGAAGCUUUGGUCUUAAGAAACAAUAGAUUCACAGGCAAACUACCUUCUAGUUUGAAGAAUUGCACCAACUUAUUUUUGUUGGAUGUCAGUGAAAAUUUUUUAUCAGGUCCAAUACCCUCUUGGAUUGGUGAGAGUCUACAGCAAUUGAUAGUUCUCAGCAUGUCAGGAAAUCUUAUUUCUAGAUAUACAUUUAACAUAACAGUAAUGUGGAAAGGUGUUAAAUGUGGAUUUAAGAAUCCAGAGUUGCGUCUAAAUAGCAUUGACCUCUCGAGCAAUCAUUUUACUGGUGAAAUCCCAAAUGAGAUUGUGUACUUGGUUGGAUUAGUUUCUUUGAAUCUUUCAAGAAACAAUUUGAGUGGAGAAAUUCCUUCUCAAAUAGGGAACAUAACUUCACUAGAAUCCUUAGACUUAUCAAGAAACCAUAUAUCUGGCACAAUCCCCUCAAGUCUUUCUCAGAUUGAUAAUCUAGGCGUGUUAGAGUUGUCAAACAACUCUCUUUAUGGAAGAAUCCCACCUGGAAGACACAUGGAUACCUUUGACGCAUCUAGCUUUGAAGGAAAUCAUAAUCUUUGUGGUACACAACUUAACAAAACUUGUCCUGGAGACAUGCCAGAAGUAAAGCCUCAAGAACCAACAAGACAUGAUGAUGCAGAUGAUAAUUCAGAUUUUUAUGAAGCAUUAUACAUGAGCUUAGGCUUUGGAUUUUUCACUGGCUUCUGGGGCCUUUUAGGACCAUUGUUGUUUUGGAGGUCUUGGAGAAUUGCUUAUCUCAGAUUCUUGAACCAAGUGGCAGACUACAUAUAUGUGACAGUGGCAGUAUAUGUAGCAAAAUUUCACAAGACUGCAAGAGGUGUUCAAUACUGA